CCGGCCACAGACCGCAGACUUCAGACCUACCUAUCCUAAAGACAAGGGCCGCCAAAGAAAUUGCAAUAAGCGCCGAUGAUUACGAUGACACUUGACAGUUGCAAAACUGAAAGAAAAAAGGGAUAAGCCCAGCACAUCUCCACCUAAUGCUCGUACUGUCUCUCUCUCGUUUUUAACAAAAUGACGAAGGUAUCUUUGAAGGGCAGGUAUGAAAAUGACAAAAGCAGCGCAGCAGCUACUGUUGCCUUCAACGCCGGCGAUGUCAAGCUCCGGGCUUCCAUGACCGACGCCACUGUCGUCAAUGGCCCCAGCUUAAACGGCUUGGUUUUAGCUGUCGAGAAACCCGGCUUCUUCAUCGUCGACUACAACGUUCCCAAAAAGGAUUUUCGGUUUCAGUUUAUGAACACUGUUAAGGUUGCUGAUAAGCCCUUGAACCUGACAUACAUUCACAGCAGAGGGGAUAACCGCACGAUAUUGGAUGGGGCUCUUGUGUUUGAUUCAGCCAAUAAGGUUUCCGCAAAUUACAUGCUUGGUACAGGGAAUUGUAAGUUGAAGUAUACUUAUGUGCAUGGAGGGGCAACCACAUUUGAACCAUGCUAUGAUUUGGCCAAGAAUUCUUGGGAUUUUGCCGUUUCACAGAAGGUUUAUGCUGAUGAUGUGUUUAGGGCUACAUAUCAAACGUCAAGCAAGGCAUUGGGAUUAGAGUGGUCAAGAAAUUCAAAAUUUAAUGGCAAUUUUAAGGUCUCCGCAUCCCUCAAUUUGGGUGAGGAAUCAAAAGUGCCGAAACUAAUUGCUGAGAGUACAUGGAACUUUGAGAUGUGACAUGUUCUUUGUUUAUAAUUACAUUUGUUAGAUGUUGCAUUGGAUUGCUGCACCCCUAAUAGCUUUAAGCUUCUUUUUGUCCUUCAAUAUUGUUUAUAAUUGUGAUUGAGCUGAUUACCUGGCAAGGGGGCAGUUUCCAUGGCAUCAAUUGUCAAGCUGUUUAUUUCUGUUUUGCAAUAUGAUACUUUCUGUUGGUUUAGAAUCUUGUAGCUUUACCUAUGUACUGUAUACGUAAGCAGGCAAGAUUUUGUCUGUAAGUUUUGGUGUGAUCUAUUUAAGGUUUGUGGAAUGGAAACGCGAUUAUCAA